ACAGCCCCGGCUUCAGUUCAGUUCAAAUUUAUACUCGCUAGCCGUCGCAUAGCUCUUUCGACUUCCUGCAUACAAAAAUAUAUUUGUAUUUUAUACCUUUCUUUUGUAACUCGAAAAAAUCAUCUACUAGUUUCGUCGCGAUUUGUGCCAAGUUUUUCGUGCGGAUUACUAAUUUCCAGUGAUUUAAUUUAUGGAUGCCAAACGUGGUAAUGCCUCCGGGGCACGCCAAGGAGGCGCCGGCGGUGGUGGCUAUCAUGCCUCCAAGACGAGCGUGGCUUCACGCCAUGCCGGUGGUGGAGGAGGCGCAGCUGUGGGCCACAAGCAGGCCAGUCAGGUCAGUCUGACCCCGAGCCAAGCCAGGAAUCCAGAGAACCCUCGCAAGAGUCCCUUGGAUGCCCUAAGCCGCAGCGGCCCGGUACGCAAUCAGAAUCCCUUCCAGCGUCGUUCUGGCUUGCAAGAUGUGGAUGAGGCCUUCCUGGCUUCUAAUGCCUUUGCCCGCCCGCCCAGGGUUCGUCAUUCCGGAUUGGAAAGGGAAAAUAUGGCGCAGCCAUCUGCAGGAGCUCCAGCUGGACAGCAAGGAUCGGCGACAGUGGCUCCCAUUAGAGUUCCUGGUGGGCAGGAUCCCAAUAUGCAGCAGCAGCAGAUGCAACAGCAGUAUCAGCAGAUGCCACCAGUGGAUGCUGUGCGACAACAGCAGCAGCAGGUGCCUCCGGCUGCGGUGCCCUCGCAACAGCAAUUGCAACAGCAAUACAUGCAACAACCUGCUGCCGGGCAGCCCACUCGCAUGGAUCCACCACCCUCGGGACGGGCUCAUGUCCACCAACAGCAAAUGCUGCACCAUCAGCAGAUGCAAAACCAGCAAGCUAUGCAACCCCAGGCUGGCUACGAGCAGCAGCAGCAAGUGAUUCAACCAAACCAGCAGCAGCAGCAACAUCAGUUGCAGCCGCAACAUCAGAUUCCACAACAUGGAUAUCCCACCCAGCCACCGGCAGCCGGUGCUCCACCAGCAGCAUGUGCUCCACCAACAGACGGCGGAGCAGGAGGAUUAGCUACUGCGCCAGGCGCAGGAGCUGCUGGCAAUGCCGCCCGAGAAAGCGGAGGUGGUGGUGCAGCUGCAGCCCCAGCGGAUGCCGAGAUGUGCACCACUUGUCCCAACUGCCAGACCACCAUUUACCUGGUCCGCACCCCGGAAAUGGGACACGGAGAUGCCGGCCUGCCUGUUCAGUAAAGCAUAAAAAUCGAGACCGAGUGAAAUGCACCAAAUUUCGAGUGCCAAACUCCACAAUUUUUCUUUGUUUUGACCGUUGAGCCUUGAUUUGUUUUAACCCAUCGACCAUCGAGAGAGUGUAACACUAAAGCUUUUGGGACCAAUCUGAAAAUUAAACGCUUCCAAGUGAAGAAAUUCAAAUGUUA